CUACUUCCUCUCCAGACACCCCAAUUUUCUGUCAGCUUCAUCCUCUUCUUCUACUUGCUUCAAUCCCUGUCAUUAUAUUGAUUGUACGUCUCCACCUAUUGUUGCGCUCUCAACUAAGGUAAGGAGAUUCCUUCGUCUUCCGUGGCGCGAGCUUUGCUGAAAACCGCAUCAACACUCAGCUGAAUAACGUCCGCUCGCGUCCAAAUCCCUCAUACGCAGCUAUAAAAAUGCAGUUGUCCCUUGUUGUCAAGUCGUGUAUCACAGUCUGCGCAUGCGUGAAUGUGCUAUCACGUCCCGCGGUAUUCCAAUCGCCAUCAAAUGUCAUAACAGACGCAGCCUUUGCCUGGAUUCUGUCAUGCUCGGAUGAUCCACUUGGUAACGCGUGCUACCGCGAUUGUAGCUGCUCAAGACUCGGUGGCAAGUUGUUGUGCCCCGAAGUUCUUCCUGCUGUUGUCAAAAAUUAACAUUGAUUGUCCGUAUGUGAGAACGUUGCUGGAUGCGGUCCUCCUCGCAAUAUAUACUAGUUUACCUACACAAUCUUUGCUAGACUACUAAAGAGGUGCCAUUUUGAAAAUCCGUUCUUCGUAUUCAAGGGGUAGGUGCAAAACUGAUUCAAUGAUGACGGAUGGCACAAUCCUCAUGCCGCAAUGGGUGUGCAUACUUCUGGCUCCGAAGCCAGCAGCCCUG